CUCCCUUUCCACUAUCGUAAACAUGGCGCUCCAGGUCCUUGCUCUGGCCGCCCUCGUGGGAGCCGCCCUCUCCUUCCCAAUGGUCCCCGAAUAUGGGGUUUCUUCUGCUCCGUCUCCUGUCUACGACGCUCCCCGAGGUCCUGCUCCUGCUUACGACGCUCCCCGACAUCCUGCUCCUGCUUACGACGCUCCCCGACGACCUGUUGUUACGCACGACAUGCCCGCAUACGAGAACCAGGCUCCACCGAGUUAUAACUACCAAUAUGCGGUGAGAGACGAGUACUCGGGGAACGACUUCGGGCAGCAGGAGGAGCGCGAUGGCUACGUGACCAAGGGAUCCUAUCACGUCCAGCUCCCCGACGGCCGCCUGCAGAAGGUGACUUACUACGUGGACGGCGACUCUGGGUUCAUGGCUGAAGUGACUUACGAGGGCGAGGCUCAGUACCCAGCUCACCAGCCUGCCGCUUCGUACCAGCCUGCUCCUGCUCAGAAUUAUCAGCCUGCUCCUGCUCAGAAUUAUCAGCCUGCACCGACCUAUCAGCCUACUCCAGCCUAUCAAUCGACACCUGCCUAUCAACCCGAACCAACUUAUCAACCAGCUCCUACUUACCAACCUGCACCGACCUAUCAACCUACUCCAGCCUACCAACCGACACCUGCCUAUCAACCCGAACCUACUUACCAACCAGCUCCUACUUACCAACCUGCACCGACCUACCAGCCCACGCCUUCGACAUCCUAUGACCCGGUUCCUACUUACUGAUCUGACCUUUCCCGUGAACAACUGGUCGUGUCAGUAGAUCACGUGACGUUGAUGGCCUUGCGAUGGCUUGACUGUGAUUAUUUAUUCUGCGAGUGCGCCAAUAAAGGAAUU